AUUUCAAUACAUUCCGCAAAGGCACGCGCAGAAAGUGGAAACAAAUUUCGUGAACUUGUUAAAUUAUUUAUAGUUAAAUUAUAUUACCAAAAAAAUUUUAAAAUUUGAAUUUACUCACAAGUACACCUUAAGUUAAAGAAUCAAUACCGUAACAUGUCUGGAUUCUCAUUUGGAAAUCCCUCUCAGCCGUCUACAGGAUUUAGUUUCAAUGCACCGACAUCGGCAGCAGCAACAGCUGCAAAUACACAAAGUUUCGGCACUGCGGCGGCUCCAGCCUUUGGAGCUGCUUCUGCCUUUGGCACCGCAGCAACCACACAAGCGGCAGCGUUCGGUGCAGCCACUCUCCCAACUGCGGCCGUUACACCAUUUGGUGCGAAUACUACUACAGCGGCACCUACGUUCGGUGCUGCACCAGCUGCUUCUGUAGCACCCACCUUCGCAGCAGCAACCCCAGCCUUCGGAGCGACUGCUGUAAGUAGCGCCGCGCCAUCAUUUAAUUUCAGUGGGUUAGGAAGUACAGCUACAAGUGCUCCUGCUGCGAAUAGCGCAGGCUUUAGCUUUGGCGGCAUUGGUGGUGCCGUUGGCUCAACGACAGCUACAUCCACAGCACCUGCACUCGGCCUCGGUGGGCUAGGUGGCGGUCUGGGUUUUGGAAAGCCCGCAGGGACAACCACAUCGGCAAGUUUAAAUUUCGGUACAACUACAACUUCUGUUGCGUCAGGUGGCAUGUGGAAGCCAACCUCAACUUCGACUACAGCAACUGCUACACCAUUUGUUGGUUUGGGGGGUGUUGAUGUAAGCGCCACACAGCCAAAAGCUGGGGAUUUGAAACAGGAUAACGUAAAGGUAAAAGAGACACUUGUGCCUGAUGAGAUUGCCAAAACCGUGGACGCUCUAAAAAGUCAUAUAAAAGCACAAAAAACAUUAUCCUCUGAUAUAGGACGUACAUCUACUUCAAAAUUGUCCAAUGUGUCUAACGAAAUAAACAACAUUCAGUGGGCGCUUCAAGAAAUUUCCAACUCGGUCAACACAAACUACAAACAAAUAAAACUACUCCGGAAAGAAACAUCUAGAACUAUUCAAGCAGUAGAAAUGGCCCAACGCACACAAGAUACACCGGCAGGACUUCAAUUUGAAAAUACAGCACCUUUCCAAUUUUUCUUAAGUUUGGUCGCGAAGUACGAACAGGAUUUAAUCAACUUUCGACAGCAAAUAGCUCUUACAGAACAUCAUAUGCGUUCACUAACAAAUCCGCAAGCAGUUUCCCCCGAUGAUCUGAAGCGUGGCUUCCGACAAAUAAACGAAAGUUUUAUCUCACUUGCAGGGCGUUUACAUGAGCUGCAUCAAAAAGUUGAGACACAAAAAGAGCAGUACCUCAAUUUACGAAAGUACCGUUUACGUGACACAACUAAUGUGUUUGCAAAGAUUGAUAACCCAGAAAAUAAAAUCGACACGACAAAUAUUACCUGCGGACCAACACCAUUCUCCAAUAUUUCAGCGAUGAGUGCAUUCGGCAAAAGUUUCAAUAACUCAGCAGCAGUAGCGCCUGGAGGAAGUGGGACGGCUGCAACAGCGGGUGCCAAGUAAUAUAUAUUAAUAUAUUGCAGUUAAAAAAUAACGUAUAUGCCUGGCAUUUGCAACUUCACAAAAUUGUUGUAAUGAUUUGUAGUUUUAAAACUCGCCGAUUUCGAAAUAAACACUUGAUAAAUUUUUAAAAUA